GUAUUCUCCGGAUUUAAGGGCUUGUCAUGCACGCUCAUUUAGCAUUGUAUGCAUCCGCGAAGGCCUCCGGGGUAGCUAUUCCACACGUCUUCCUAUCCGGAGAAUUCCACACCGUGAGAGCCAUCCUUCUACCGCAUCUACCUCACCACUGCUGCAAACCGACCUGACGCGCCUAGCCUGCUUCAUCGAUGUGCCUGGCAUCUGAUGCCUGUGGUUUCAGUCACCCUACUACUGGAACGACCCACUGUUGCGACCGCUUUGUUUAGUUUCCCUCCAACACCGCUGGCCCGCUCCCUCGCCGCUCCUCCUCUUCGUUCUGCGCAUCCGAGGCUUCUUUCCGAGCGCCAGCUUCUAUUUGAAUGCUGCCAACAUCGAACACAAUGGCAAGACCAAGUGAAGAUUGGUCAGGUUUUGCUGGCCUAAGUCCAGAGUCAGACAAAUAUAAGCGAAUCAAGCUCGUACUGUCUUCAGCGAGCUUUAAGCAUCUGAGGGAGUGCGCAAUAGACUCGCGGCGCAAACAUCAAAUGAACCUACCUCCCGAUAUCGACUGCAGCAUAAACCUAACCCAGUUUGCAACGGGUUUCAACAACCUGGUUCUUGAACUCGCAUUUUCUGACGACACCUAUUGGAUUGCUCGGAUUCCGUAUCGCACCAUCGAUGACAACACCAAGACCUCGUUGCUGAGCGAGAUAGCCACCAUGAACAUCGUCCGCCAACGUACAAGUAUCCCCAUACCUCGUAUUUUCGAUUUUGAGAUGUCCAUAGACAAACCAUUCGGAUACCCGUAUGUUUUGAUGGAGUACUUGGAUGGCCGUAAACUCGAUGAUGGGCUGGCGAAAUCGAUACCUCGACAAUAUCAUACCAAGGUAGCCAAACAGUUUGCAAAUGUGUUUGCGGAACUCCAAAACCUGACCUUUAGCCGCAUUGGACGACUUUGGUGUGGAGAGGCCGCGGAUCAGCCUGUGGAAAUCAUUCCCAUGGCGUGGCAUCAUUCGCCCGGGCCUUUGGAAAUGUCGCUAGAAUACUUUUACAACCAACGACAAGGGGAAAACCGAGAAAUCGUCGCCUUGCACCCGAACAAUGCAGACUGGCUUACGGCAUGUUGGGUGCUGAAAACAGCUCUAGCCCACACCGUCAUUGAAGAUAGAGUCCGAGGCCCAUUUCCACUGUGUCAUCUUGACCUCCAUUUCGGAAACCUUCUUUUCGAUGACGAAUACAAUCUGACCGGAGUUAUUGAUUGGAGCAACGCGCAGGCUGCGCCAAUCGAACAGUUGUCUGUCUGUCCAGAACUGGUCAUUUUCCCUGGGCUAUCUGAGGAGGAGAAUCGACCGAUCGUGGAGUUCAAGAAGCUCGUUAUACAGUUUGUAAAGGAAAUGGAGAAUGAGAACGCGAAAGAGGAAGAGAAGGGGGGAGGGAAGACGCCGCCCUUGGGUCAGCAGCAAGAGAACAUGAAGCAGAGUCAGCAUCUUACACCACUUUCCACCUACAUGGCCUCUGAAAGCGCCGAACUUAUGCAUCGUCAGUACAUGGCUUCACCCAAGGGAAGCCUUUGGGCUGCGAAGAGGGUUGCAAAGCUCAUCUACGGGGAGCAUAUUACUUGGGAACACCUUAGAAAGGUAUAUGGCUGCAUGUCGCUUAUCUAGGGCUAGUGAUACUUUCAUAUUCCUCGUAGCAAAC